AUGAAAAGCCCAGCCGGGGCAGCUGGACCCCGGGGUGGACGGACGGGUCCCAGCCCCCGUCUGGGUUUCCCUAAUGAGCAGGAACCUCUCAGGCUAACGGCCCGACUGGUGAACGAGCUGAGCAACGUGCCUGUCCCGGUCAUGCUGAUGCCCGAUGACUUCAAAGCCUACAGCAAGAUCAAAGUGGACAACCACCUGUUUAACAAAGAAAACCUGCCCAGCCGCUUCAAGUUCAAAGAGUACUGUCCCAUGGUGUUCAGGAACCUGAGGGAGAGGUUCUGCAUCGACGACCAGGACUACCAGAACUCGCUGACCAGGAGCGCCCCGCUGAACAGCGACUCUCAGGGGCGCUUCGGGAACCGGUUCCUGUGCAGCUACGACCACCGGUUCGUCAUCAAGACCGUCUCCAGCGAGGACAUCGCCGAGAUGCACAACAUCCUGAAGAAGUACCACCAGGUGAACGAGCUGAGCAACGUGCCUGUCCCGGUCAUGCUGAUGCCCGAUGACUUCAAAGCCUACAGCAAGAUCAAAGUGGACAACCACCUGUUUAACAAAGAAAACCUGCCCAGCCGCUUCAAGUUCAAAGAGUACUGUCCCAUGGUGUUCAGGAACCUGAGGGAGAGGUUCUGCAUCGACGACCAGGACUACCAGAACUCGCUGACCAGGAGCGCCCCGCUGAACAGCGACUCCCAGGGGCGCUUCGGGAACCGGUUCCUGUGCAGCUACGACCACCGGUUCGUCAUCAAGACCGUCUCCAGCGAGGACAUCGCAGAGAUGCACAACAUCCUGAAGAAGUACCACCAGUUCCUGGGCAUGUACCGGCUCACGGUGGACGGCGUGGAGACCUACAUGGUGGUGACCCGGAACGUGUUCAGCCAUCGGCUCACUGUGCACCGCAAGUACGACCUGAAGGGUUCGACCGUCUCCAGGGAGGCCAGUGACAAGGAGAAGGCUAAAGAACUUCCCACUUUCAAAGACAACGACUUCCUGAACGACGGCCAGAAGCUGCAGAUAGGAGACGACAACAAGAAGUACUUUCUGGAGAAGCUAAAACGGGACGUGGAGUUCCUGGCCACCCUGAAGAUCAUGGACUACAGCCUGCUGGUGGGCAUCCACGACGUGGAGCGGGCGGAGCAGGAGGAGAUGGACGUGGAGGCGGGCGGCGAGGAGGAGGAGUUGGAGGCGGACGGCGUGCUGACCGGCUCCUUCGGCACGCCGCCCGACAGCCCCGGGAACCCGCUCAACUGCGGAGGCUUCUUCGGGCCCGGAGAGUUCGACCCCUCCGUGGACGUUUACGCAAUCAAGAGCAGCGACGGUGCUGGGAGGAGGGAGGUGUACUUCAUGGCCAUCAUCGACAUCCUCACGCACUACGACGCGAAGAAGAAAGCUGCACACGCUGCCAAAACUGUGAAACACGGGGUGAGUGCUGGGAGGAGGGAGGUGUACUUCAUGGCCAUCAUCGACAUCCUCACGCACUACGACGCGAAGAAGAAAGCUGCACACGCUGCCAAAACUGUGAAACACGGGGUGAGUCCUCACAGAAACACCCCGGUCGCCAUGGCAACGCCACGGAGACGCCCGGCGUCGCCACGGAGACUUAGCCAGGACGCCCCUCUCUGGGCUGGAAGAGAUUCAGGAUUCAAAAGGGCCUCAUUCAUCCUGAUGGGAACAGUCAGAAACUAAGAAAAAUAAAGU